AUGCACAUAGCAAAUUCUGCCAAAAUGCCUUGCUAAAACUAUAAGGAAAUAAAUAAUGUUUUAAAAAAAUCCAUGAUGAAAACUGAAAUCCCAUAUAUUAACACCUUAUAAUACAAGAAUGAUUCCCAAAAUGUUUAGGUUAUGUGACAUUUUGAGGGUAAAAACUCAAAAAAAUAUGCAUUUCUGGAAAAGUUUUAAGGCUCUCAAAAUAUGGUAAAUAAAUAAAGCAUCUUUUUUGAAUAAUAAAGUCAUAUCUAUAAUGAAGUUCGUGCCAGCCCGUUUAUAUAAAAAAAAUUGGCCAGUAUCCACAACACAGCACAAACUUUUUUGUGUGUCAAAGAUUUGAGUCGUGUUGUAGUCGGUAUUUCCAAAUUUGUACCCUCAAUUUACAGUACUAAUCGAGGCCGAUCACAGGCCAUACCAUCUUAAUUAUGCAUUGAACAUGAAAUUUAAACCUUAAACUUGUUAUUCGUGGGUCACAUUGUUGGAUUGCAUCUAUUCGAUCACUUUUGUGGCCUGUUCUUGAAAAGCCGUAAUUACGUUGUUCCACUUCCUGUGCGGCAUCUUGUCGCGCAAUAAUAUAUAGUUGUAUUUUAGUAGAAAUGUGGAUUAAAGUGUUGUUGUACUUAUUUGUUAUAUGAUUUUGAUUCAUCAUAUUCCAAACCAUUGAAAUGUUUAUAUGUGGUGAAAUGUCAGUGUGAUUUAGAUAUAAAUAACAAUUCAAUUUCAUAAAUUUUCUUAUAGCGGAACUACUUCCGGAAUUGUGUGUCCGGUUGUGCUUCGGCUAUUGAUACAUCAACACGACGAGUAAACAUGAGGUUUCUUACAAAACCACGAUAUUAAUCAACGAUGCAGUAUUUAUGAAUAUAUAUAGGACAGUCACACAAAGAACAAAAAAGACUGAAGGACAGAAAGUGAAAGCAAGUCAGAAUCCAUCAUCUUAUGGCAACGGUGAUAAAACGAAUAUUCCUACAACUUCAAGAUCUCAAAGACUGCACCGAACCAAAUUUGUCGGGAGACGAAUAUCCCAUGAAUGGGUAGAAGAUGAGGGACACCGUAAAUGGUAUGAUGGGACUGUGAUGGGUGUGGAAUCUGGGAAGGAUGGUAGCCCUGAUGCUGUUUACGAAGUGAUGUAUGAUGGAGAUGAAGAGCUAUACAGCAUAGAUCAUCUGCAUACAGAUUUUCAGUCAGCAUCUGUUAAAUUUAUAGACCUCAUGUGAAUUCAGUUAUUUUGAAGAAAAUUAGAAACUUUUACAGAAAACAGUUUAUGGCAGGUAUUUCUUUAUUGCAUUAGUACUGACAGUUAUGCCAUAUACACCAAUAGAAAGAUAAUAAUUAGACGAACAUUUUCAUAUAUCACAUUCUGUACUUUUACACUGAUAUUAUAUAAUACAGUUUUUAAAAACUCAA